CGUGCUAGUCUCGGAGCCCUCUGAUGAGCCGGGCGGGGCCGCGGUGCCCUCCUCCCCAUUUCAAGGGUGACUGUGCCGCUGACGUCAGGCGGCUUUUAGUUCAUUCCCUGGCGCGGGGACUUUAUUUUCAUAACAGCACGCAGUGCCGUGGAACUGGAAUAGGCGUGUCCUCUCUCCCUGACCCUCUCCCGCCCCUGUCCCUCUGCUCACCCCCUCGCACGUUCCCUCCCUCCGACCGCCGCCUUUAUAACUGCUCGGCGCCGCGAGGUCGAGAUAGCCGUCGCGGGCUCCCCAGCACCCAGGGGCUCCGUGCUGCCUCUAACGCGCGGGAAGCGGCGGGAGUCGAAGCGUCAAAGCCAAGGCACAAGUGAGGCGCAACGAGCCCCGAGCGCGCCCCGCCUCCGCAGGACCAGAAUGGCUGGUUGCCGCGGAGACCUGAAUGCCAUGUACCACAGACUUUGUGAUACAACUGUAAUUUGGGGUAUCGUCCUGGAAGCAGUGGCUGCUGUUGGGGCUGUGACCUCGGUGGCCUUCAUGCUAGCUCUCCUGAUCUUCAUCUGCAAGGUGCAGGACUCCAGCAGGAGAAAGGUGCUCCCAGUGCAGUUUCUCUUCCUCCUGGGCGUGCUGGGGGUCUUCGGCCUCACCUUCGCCUUCAUCAUCACGCUGGAGAGGAGCACGGGGCCCACACGCUUCUUCCUCUUUGGCAUCCUCUUCUCUCUCUGCUUCUCCUGCCUCCUGGCUCACGCUUUCAACUUGACGAAGCUGGUCCGCGGGAGGAAGUCCCUCUCCCUGCUGGUGAUGUUGGGCCUGGCCGUGGGCAUCAGCCUGGUGCAGGACGUCAUUGCUGUUGAGUAUAUCGUCCUCACCAUGAACAGGACCAACACUGCAGUCUUCUCCGAGCUCUCUCCUCCUCGGCGCAACGAGGACUUUGUCAUGCUGCUCAUCUACGUCCUCUUCUUGAUGGCGCUGACCUUCCUCACAUCCUGCUUCACCUUCUGCGGACCCUUCACUGGCUGGAAGAGGCAUGGGGUCCACAUCUACCUCACCAUGCUACUCUCCAUUGCCAUCUGGGUGACGUGGAUCACCCUGCUCUUGAUCACCCCUAUCCCUGGCCCCGAGUGGGAUGAUACCAUCCUCAGCUCAGCCUUGGUGGCCAACGGCUGGGUUUUCCUGUUGGUUUAUGUUGUGCCCGAGUUUCGGCUGCUCACGAAGCAACAGAACCCCAUGGAUUACCCUGUUGAGGAUGCUUUUUGUAAACCUCAAUUCAUGAAACAGAGCUAUGGUGUGGAGAACAGAGCCUACUCUCAAGAGGAAAUCACUCAAGGUCUUGAAGAGCUAGGCGAUACGCUCUAUGCUCCUUAUUCUACCCAUUUUCAGCUGCAGAACCGGACCUCCCAAAAAGAUUUCUCCAUUCCACGGGCCCAGACUCGGGCUAGCCCUUACGAUGACUAUGAAGGAAGGAAAAAUGGCAGUUAGCUCUUCUGAAGAGUGGGACAAACACAGCAAGUCAGCAGGACCAGCGGGGAGUUUGAAGGGAUGUGGGCAAAAUCCUGAGUCUUCUGAGGAAACCAUACACAACAUGAGAAGACCGGGCCUCCCUGCCGGCCUCAACCACUCAUCCGUUCUGGAGUCGCUGGGGGCUAACAAGACUCCGGUUCUUAGCAGCACUGUAGUUUUCUGCUUUGUUCCAUACUUAGGAUGCUUCUUAUAAAUGGAAGUCUUGGGCAACUCAGGGUUAGCCUCUUACUAUUCCCUGUCACUUUAUAUGUGACUAAAGCUCUGGUGAUCUGACCACAUACUGGCUCAUUCAGUUUCAGGAGCCAAUUUCUCUACUCAAAGCUGGUUUUGUGAGGAUCGCUUGGCCCAGAGCAGAACUGCACAUCUGAGCAAAAAUAGCAAAGACCUGUCUCUCAGCCCCUCCCUGCCUAAAUCUACACUGGAAGCCAACUUGCUGGCACUCUCCCUUCUUGCCUGGGUAGGAGAGGCUAAAGGUCACCCUAAAUUUACUCAUUUCUGUGGUGCUGCCUAACACAGGGCCUCUCUGGGUCCCCAGCACCAAUUCACAAGUACUCCCUCUUUCCUUGCAUCCCCCAAAUUGCUGUCAAUCCCCAGACUAAUCUCCCCUAUAUAUUUUACCAGGAGUUCUCCUUCUGGACCUUACUAGUGUGGACAAGUCCAUUUUCUCUUUGCCAGAAAUUUGUGCACUGUUCCUUCUCUAAAUUCCUGGCACGGAUUCUUUUCUCAUUCCUUCGCUCCUCAGCCUCUGUAACAAAAUUUGCACUGUGUUCACCUCCUGUUCUGUAAGCGGGCAUUGUCUACGGGUGGGGAGCAUUCCUGUAUAAUAAGUUAUUCAUCGAUCUUCACCUGGAGAUGCAAUAAAGAUGUGGUGGGCAUCAGA